AAUGAAUCUGGGCCUCCGUGCUUUGUUACGGUGUUGAUUUUGCUGAUUAUGGAUUUCAUAUCAAUAUUAGAAUUAACAAUUUCGAUAUAGUUAAAUCACUGAUGUCCCAAGACAGUUAGAUAGAUGGAAGAUGGAUAUUUUACGUGAAUGUGCGAUCUGUAACGAGAUUUGUUAUAGCAAGGCAGAGUUUAUUAAUCACAGUAAAACACAUGUCAAAGAAGAGCAGACAGACUUUGUUAACACAAUUCAUCAAUGUCGAGUCUGUGGUGAUAGCUUCACGUCUGCUAGUCUGUUAGAGGAGCAUGUCAGUACAGCGCAUAAGCAUAAACUGGAGAAGACUGAUAAUGAUGACACCAAAGCCACCCACAAUAACAUCACAAACCUAGUUGUAGACGUCGUCAGUAAUACCCCAACCAACCACGUCGUUCGACCACGUAGAUUCAAACUCAAAUGGUUGACCAAAUUUCCAUGGUUACGAUUUGAUGAUGAUUCACGAAAAAUGUACUGUCAGCUAUGUGAGAAGCAUCAAGUAAAGAAUGACUUUGUGAGUGGAUCACAAGAUUAUAACGAGGAGGUUUUAACUGAUCAUGAAAGAUCAACAGAUCAUGAAAUAGCUGUAGACAACGAGGAGGAUGACGAUGAUGAUCAUGUUGCCAAGAAACCGCAAAAAUCUAAAUUCUGCUACCAAUGGUUACGCUUGUUUCCGUGGUUACAUUUUGAUGAUUGUGUGGAUAAAAUGUUUUGUAAGGCAUGUUGUAAAUAUAGUGGAAAUGUAAGAAACAGUUUUGUCAGUGGAUCGCAGAAUUUUAACCGGAGUGCGUUACUUGAUCACGAGAUAAAAAAUUACCACAAACUGGCCAUCAACAAGCUGGAAAACCAGGGUGAUCCAUCUGAUAUCGAGGCCUGUACCACCACACCACCAGCACCUAGCCCGAAAGUUCGCACAUUCAGUAUGAAAUGGUUACAGAUGUUUGCCUGGUUACGGUAUGAUUACAAAUCACACAAGAUGUACUGUAAGAUUUGUUCGGAAAAGAAAAAUGGACGCAGAAAGAAUGUUUUUGUUACGGGUUCGUUGAAUUAUCGUAUAUCGGCUUUAAGAGACCAUCAAAAUUCCAAAGACCAUCGGAAGGUAGUGAAGAUGUUCAACAAAGAUCAUGACAGUGAGAGUCAGAGUGAAUCAAAUUCUAACAUCAGACUGGAAGAUGCAGGUGACAGUAGUGCACCAAAUACCAGUACCGUGGAACCAAUGGAGGUAAAUGAUGUAGCCAAGUUAAAUGAUGAUUCAUCAGAGGAAAACGUAUCGUUGCAGAAAAGUAACGAAUCAUUGCCGAAAACAAAGGAAUCUUCUAAGAAAACAAGCGAAUCAUUGCGGAAAAGAAACGAAUUGUCAGAGAAAACAAAUGAAUUGUCAGGGAAAACAAAUGAAUUGUCAGAGAAAACAAACGAAUCAUCCAAGAAAACAAACGAAUCAUCCGAGAAAAUAAAUGAAUUGUCAGAGAAAACAAACGAAUCAUCAGAGAAAACAAAUGAAUCUUCAGAGAAAACAAAUGAAUCCUCAGAGAAAACAAAUGAAUUCUCAGAGAGACCCAACAUAUCCUUAGGAAAUAGAGUUGAAUCCUCAGAUGAGAGAACAUUGCGGACAUCAGAGAAGAGAAAGCGGUUGAUGGAGAAAGCAAGAGAAUCUUCUAAAAAAGUAAGGGAAUCCUCUACACCCAGGCCAAGAAACACCAGAUAUUUUAAAUUGCAAUGGCUGACAAAGUUUCCAUGGUUACGAUAUGAAGAGAAUAGCAACAAGAUGUAUUGUCAGGUUUGUGAGAAACAUGAGCUGAAAUAUAAAAGUGAAUUUAUCAGUGGAACUCAGACAUUUACCAUUAGUCGUUUAUAUCUACAUUCAGCAUCAAUGUAUCAUAAAGUAGCCAUGGAUAAAGAUGACCGUUUCAAUAAAGACAAACACGAAAAAUAUUAUUCUAAAAAAGGAAACAAAUCUGGGAACAUAUCUUCAAAAGUGUUGAUGAAGGAUACAAAGUCUAAACCUUCAUCCGCAGGAAUGUCCCCGAAAUCUUCCCAGGAUUCCGAGAAAGUGGUUCAACCUGAACUAACUUCAUCUACGACAGCCUCAGCUUCGACUGUAUCCAAUGAUGUUUCCAUGUCGUCGAAUCUUCCUGAAGAUUUCAACUUUGAUUGGCUGACAAUAUUUCCAUGGUUACGAUAUGACAAUUCUAUUAAUAAAGUUUAUUGUCAGGUUUGUGAGAAGCAUGGGUUAAAGAAUGAGUAUGUCAGUGGUUCUGAGAAUUAUGGAGAAGGUGCGUUGUUAAAUCACGCUGUUUCAGAUGACCACGAAACUGCUAUCAACGAUGAUCCUGGUAAAAAACGUAAGCGGGAUGAUGAUGAAGAUGAGUCAAGAGCUACGAAACGGCCACAACAACGCAGGUUUAAUCCAAAAUGGCUGAAAGAUUUUCCAUGGGUACGAUUUGAUAAAUCGACACAGAGCAUGUUCUGUAAGAUCUGUCGGAAGCACUGUAACGGUGAUGGAGCUAAAAGCAAAUGGAUAACCGGAUCAACAAAUUUUCGAACGUCUGGUAUGUGGGAUCACGAGUUUUCGGGCGAACACAAGAGUGCAGCAUUGAAGGAAGGAGACAUAUCACCAGAUGAGGAAGAAGAAGAAGAGGAGGAGGAGGAAGAGACCCCUCCAACACCAGAUGGUAGCACGUUAUUUCCAUCAAAACGUAAAUUCAGUCCCCAUUGGUUAGCUUCUUUCCCCUGGUUAAGAUAUAAUGCAACUCGUAAUAUAAUGUUCUGUAAGAUUUGUGAAGAAUUUGGUAAUAACAAAAAACUGACUUUUGUCAUUGGAUCCCAGAAUUUCCGUAAAUCCAAUUUGUGGGAACACAAGAUGUCCUCUGAGCACAACUAUGCUUUAGACAGAUCGGAAGGAAAAAAUACACCACAGCCACUUACAAAAAUAAAACUAAAACAACAGAAUGAAGAACUUUUAGAUGAAGUAGAUCAAGCUAUGUUGACCAUUAUAAGAAAUCUCUAUUUCAUCUCGAAGGAAAACAUUGCCAUCGAUAAAUUUGAAAGAUUAAAUGAACUAUCGGCGCUAAAUGGUAGUCCAAUGACGUCUAAAUUAUAUCGUCAUUAUUACACAGCGUCUGAAUUCGUGAAAUUGAUAUCUGAUGAUAUUGAAGAUAGCAUUAUCAAUGACGUCCGUUCGAGUCCUGUCUUCGGUAUUCUGCUGAACGACAGUCUAGUUUUACCACCCGACAAACAUCUCAUCCUCUAUAUCAGCUUUAUUAAGGACGGAAUUUUACAAACUAGAUUUGUCAGAUUAUUAGAAGCCGACUGUUCAUCCGCGGAGUCCAUUACGACCAGUCUCUUAGCAUUUCUACAUGACUCUAAAAUAGACGUAAAGAAAUUAUUUGGGAUUGGAUCAGACGGAGAUGCAGUUAUGAUUGAUCAAGAUGUUGGUGUUUAUUCAUUAUUUAAAAAACAGAACCCGCUUAUCGUUGACAUAAUAUUAUGCAGUGAUGUCAUCAACAGACUUGCGUCUGCUAUCGUCGACACAAUCAAAUCAUGCAAUGAUGUCUCAUCUUACGAAAACAUUCUUGAUUCAUUGAUCAGCUAUAUGCGGAAAUUGCCUGAUGAACUUUGUGAGCUCUGUGGGUUCCAGGACUUCCUGGAUGAAUCUAAAGUCAAACCGUCUGAAGUCAAUCGUAGCCGUCUGCAAAUCUUAACAGGUGGAGUACUUAAAUUAGAAAAGAAUUUUCCGUACCUUAUAAAAAUCUUACAAACACGCAGUGAUAAAAAACAUGCAUCUGAGUCACUUUAUACGAAACUUACAACCUACAACUUUGUUUUCUACACAACCUUUUUGCACGAUUUGUUAAUUAGUAUCGAGAAUCUAAACACCAUGUUGAAAGCGACUGAUUUUCCGUAUACCGAUGCCGUUUACAAUAUCGACAAGUUUAUUCAGUCUCUUAAAAACACUUAUUUCGGUGAAGUUCCAGGUUACGGACCGAAGUUGACACAGUUUCUGAAUGAGACGGAGCAGGCACAUAUUUACUAUGAUUUGCAUCUGACAAAGGGUAAGAACGAUCAUUAUCUUGGUAUUCAAGUCAGACAAACAAUACAAACGCUUAUUGAUAACAUAAAUGAUAAAUUCCCUAACAACGAUAUCAUGGCUGCAUUUUGUGUUUUUUCUCCCCCAAAAAUUCCGGAAAUGGAAGAAUUGGAGAAUUAUGGAUGUAAGGAGAUUGGCGUUCUUUUAGACCAUUUUGGGAAUUCAGUGCCAAGGGGCAAUGACAGCAUGAUUAUUGAACGUAGUAGUGCUGAAAAAGAGUGGCCGACGUUUCGGACAUUUAUGGCAGAAAAGUCUCCGGGUUUAUCAUAUUUGGAACUUUUAAGUAAAGUAAGUCAAGAGGGAUUAUCGAAACAAUUUCCGAAUAUGACCCGUUUAAUGGAAAUAGGUCUUGUGAUACCGUCCAGUAGUGCUGUAUUUCAGCAAGGUUUUACACGACAAAACGUCAUCAAGACCAAACUACGAAGCUGUAUGACUUUAAAAACAUUGGAUGAACUGAUGCGGAUAUCAAUGGAGGGACCAACUCUACAGAACUUUGAUCCGACUUCUGUGCUGUUGAAAUGGAAAUCGAAACGAAACAGACGCGUUUAUCAGGGCAAUAUAGCCGAUAAAAUAAUAUGUUCAGUUACAAACUGAGCAUACAGAUUUCUCCAUUCCUUGAAUUUUGUAUUUUAAUGUCUAGUCAGAAGCCGAGAUCUCCCAGCAUGUUUUCAUCUUGUCAGUGGUACAAAAUGGAGGACCUGACAAGGAACAUUGUCUAGUCGUCUGGAUCAGUCUGAUUAAAAUACAGAUCUAUAUUUCGUUUCGUUUUUUUAUACUUUCGAUGGCCUACACUACACAAAGAUCCAACUGGUUGUAGCGAUAGGUCGUGUCAGAGGUCAUAUGAGCUGCUUUUGACCCUAUGAUGUCAGACAUUUGAUUAACCAAUCAGCAUUGAUGUUACUAGUGGAUUACCCACAGUUCUGUGCAAAACGCGCCUAAAGAUCACCGUAACAGACCGUUUCAUUGGCUAAUCCCUCACACCAUUCAGAAUACGUCAAUGAUAACAACUCUUCCAGAUCCUAGUGUAGUAAAGACAAGUAAAACGAAAUUUUGAAAUAUAAAAACAGAGGAAAUAGGAUCUGUGUUUUAAUCAGAUUGCGUCUGGAUGGGAUAAAAAAAAACAGGUUCUGCGUACAUGUAAAAGAAUCUGGCUUGCUAGCCUGGAGGUCGGGUGUUCAAUCCCUGCAUUGGCAGAGAAAGUUCAUUGGAGAAUUUUCCAAUGUGGUUUCCCCUUGUCAGUGGUGCAGAACGGAGGGCCUGACAAGGACAGCUGUCGAGUCCUUCGGAUGAUACGAAAAACCGAGGUCCCGUGUAUAUAUUGGAAUGCACCUAAAAGAUCCCGUGGCAGUUGGAAUUCGAUAUAAGAGUAGGCGAUAGUGCCGAUGCCCUAGCAAAAUUUCCCUCAUAGCACACUGGCGUAUGCCCGUCUUCAUUAGCCCAGUAUAGGAGCAGAACAGUAGGACGUUAAACCCCAUUUCAUCAUCAUCAUGUCAGUUUGAAUUCAAAAAAAGAGGAGGCUACAGUGCCGAUGUCAAGGCAUAAUGUCCCUCGUAGUCUUAGCACACUGCAUGGCGUGUGACCAUCUUCAUUAGGUGCAGAACAUGAGAUGUUAAACCCCAUUUCAUUUCAAUUGUCUAGUCACAAUAGUUAAUCUUGUGGCUUCAAUCACUAACCAGGUUUCCUGAUUGAUUCUGGUGUUGGCUGCAGAUAUUCCCACCUGUAUCUCCCCUUGUCAGUGGUGUAGGACAGACGAAGAGAAGUAUUUUAGCAUAUUAUCAAGACAAGAUUUUCAAAGAAUGUCCCAAUCAGUGAUGAGAUUUCACCCGUAUAUUCCGGACAUGUCCAACGCUAUUUUCCAAACACCCUAAAUUGUCCGACCAGGAAUAUGCCCAGCCAUCAAGGUAUGUUGAAUAAUAUUCAAAAUUCCAUAAAUAAUAUAGUGUACUGAGUGUAUAUUUACCACUCAACCCGAUUAUCGUUGAUAAUAGGCUGGAUUAAUUAGGUGAUCAAAUGUACAAUCGUGUUAUACCGCCUAUACACUACCUUGAUUGACUAGUUAAUCUGCCUUGAUAAAAAUGUUUGACAAGAAAAAUUUUGAAAUCCCAUAAAAUCUAUAAAUUUAACUGUAUUUAUUGUGUUUUAAGGCUAGAUUCUUUGUACUUUGUUAUAUAGUAAGGGACAGACUCUUUUGAAUUGUUUAUAAGCGUUCUUAUAUUUCAUGGUGUUUCUCUAUAGUUUGAGGAUCAUCUCCCUGUAUUUUGUGGGGGUUUCCUUAUGUUUUGUAGGGAUUUCCCUUUAUGUUUUGAGGGCCAUAUACUCAAUUACUCGUAUUCCAUUUGUAAAGAAUCACCCUGUAUUUUGUAAGGAAUCUAUAGACAUUUUGAGAGUCAUUCCCCGUUAAUUUGUAUGGAAAUUCCCUAUAUUUUGAAGUGGAUUCCACUGCAUCUCAAUCUGUAUGUCAAAUUGUGUAUUAUUCUUGUUUCUGUAAACACUAUCAUUUGAACUUGUUAAACCUUACUGUAGUAUAUAUAUUGUGUAAUUAUAAUUUUUGGGACUCACAAAAUUUCAACACCUGCAUCCAAAUGAAUAACUUGUGAAUAGAUCUCGACCCACCCACACAUGUUUAUAGAGAAAAUAACUGUUGAUUUCAUUCAUAAAUGAACUUUCUAAAGUAAAAAAAAUAACUUUUAGUAGUCAGAUACCAAAUCCCAUUGACUGAUUUCUUAUUUUGGGGCAAAUUUCCUGUUCAGGCAAACCUUUGACUUGUGGUGGAGUUGCGAGAUCAAAGUUCACAAAGUCCAGUUAACAGACAAAGAUGGAUUUUGAUGUGAAAUUAAAACUAAAUAACUAACAUUUAAUUUAUUGGUUUCUCUGUGUCAUUCAACCCUCCCAAGAGGUGAAAUUUUGUGAUGGUCCCUUGCUGUUAUAUUUGUAUUUGAUGGAAUUUUAAAUGAAAUAAAAUGUGUAUGGAACA